GGGGCGGGCUGGGCGCGCUGCGGUUGCUGAGGUGAGCGGGGAGGCGGAGCAGAGGGAGCGGGCUAGGGCCGCUGCCGCCGUAUCCAUCGUCCGCACUCGCAGCAGCGUUCAUCGCGGUGGCGGCGGAGCCCCAUCCGUUUCAAUGGUGCAGCUUUCCCAAGCCCAGGCUCGCUGCCUGUCGCCUUCAGUCCUCUCCGAGGAAGGGGAGGACAAGAGCAUGAAGCUGGCCAAGCAGCAGGUGAAUCAGCUGGGGGAGGGUCAGCCUCCGCUGAGCCCCCUGCAGUCGGCUCUGAACUCUGCAGCCAAUACUGCCCAGGCAUACGAGACUUACAUUGAAAAUGGGAUCAUCUGCCUCAAACACAAGAUCAGGAACAUUGAGAAAAAGAAGCUUAAGCUAGAAGACUACAAGGAUCGCUUGAAGAAGGGUGAAGCCCUCAAUCAGGACCAGUUGGAGGCAGUGGAGAAGUAUGAUGAAGUAGUGCACAACCUGGAGUUUGCCAAAGAGCUUCAGAAGACUUUUUCUGGACUUAGCCAGGAUCUGCUGAAAGCGCAGAGGAAGGCUCAGAGACGGGAGAACCUAGUAAAACUUGAAGCAGAGAAGAAGAAGCUGCGCACAAUUCUGCAGGUCCAGUAUGUGCUGCAGAACUUUACUCAAGAGCAUGUUCAGAAAGACUUCAAAGGUGGCUUGAAUGGUGCAAUAUAUUUGCCUUCUAAAGAACUAGACUACCUCAUUAGAUUUGCAAAACUGACGUGCCCAGAAAGAAAUGAGAGCCUGAGUGUUGAAGACCAGAUGGAGCAAUCAUCACUUUACUUUUGGGACCUUCUAGAAGGCAGUGAAAAGCCUGUGGUUGGAACAACAUAUGGACAUUUGAAGGAACUGUUAUCCAAACUCUUAGAUUCUGGAUAUUUUGAAAACGUUCCUGCUCCUCACAGUGCAAUGCCAUUAAAAGAAUUGGAAGAGGAAGGACUGAGAAAACCUGAGAGAACAAGACAACUGUCCAAAAGAGAGUCUGCCAAAGACCCAGAAUGUCUAAUGGAGCUUAUGAAGUCUGAGAUUCAGCCACAGGAGUUUCUCAACAGGCGCUAUUUGCCUGAAGCAGAAUGCUCUAUCAAGAAGAAGCCAGAAGAAUCCAAACCCCGGGAAGCAGAGUAUGCUAGAAAGAAAGAACCUCCAAAAUCCUGGGAAAUGCUGCUUGACAUAGAGGAGCAGGAACAGAAUCGGGAGUCUUUAAAACCUUGGGAAUCUUGUGUUGUGGAGGAAGAGAAACCUUCAAAGUCCUGGGAAACCUGUGUUAGGGAAGAAGAAGAAAAACAGAAGCAGCAGGAGACUCCAAAGCCUUGGGUAACACAUGCUAGGGAGGAGCAGGAUUCAUCUAAACCAUGGGUAGCAAGAGUUAGGGAACAGCAGGAACAGAAGAAACCGGAAUCUCCCAAGCCUUGGGUAGCAAAGGCUAGGGAUGAACAGGAACAGAAGAAACAAGAACCCCCCAAGGCUUGGGUAACAAAAGUUAAAGAAGGGCCAGAACAAAAGCAGGAAUUGCCAAAACCUUGGGGAUCCCAAACCAGGGAGGAACCAGAGCAGAAGCAAGAGCCCUCAAAGCCCUGGGCUGCUCCACGUGCCAAGGAGGAGCCAGAGCAGAAAAAGCAGGAGCUGCCAAAGCCCUGGGCUGCUCCACGUGCCAGGGAGGAGUCAGAGCAGAAAAAGCAAGAGCUGCCAAAGCCUUGGGUUCCUCCACAUGCCAGAGAGGUGCCAGAGCAGAAGCAGGAGCCAUCGAAGCCCUGGGCUCCUCCACGUGCCAAAGAGGUGCCAGAGCAGAAGAAGCAGGAGCUGCCAAAGUCAUGGGCUCCUCCACAUAACAGGGAGGAGUCGGGGCAGAAGCAAGAGCCUCCAAAGGCUUGGGAAACUGCUGACCGACAGCAACAAGAAUUACAGCAGUUACAGAAUCCUCUGAAGUCCCUGGGAGCUGCAAGUGUUGUACCAAAGGACCAGAUUGGGCCUAAGAAGUUUGAUGUGGAACCCAAAGAAAGACGGGAACGCAGACAGAAAGCUGAACUUGAAGUAAAACAAGAUGGAAAAGCAGAUGAAUUAAGUGAUGGACAAGGCUUUGAUGCAGUAAGAAAAAAGGAGGUCUCUGUCGGAGAAAGUUGUAAACUGCCUAGGAGUCUCCAAAGCAGUGUGCAGGUGCCUAAACCUGUACAUCAGCCAGCUGCAGAAUUUUGUUCUACAUCUACUCUUCCAAAGGAUCCAGUACUAAGGAGGGAAAAACUGCAGGAUCUGAUGACUCAGAUACAAGGGACAUACAACUUCAUGCAAGAGUCCAUUCUGGAUUUUGAUAAAGCUUCACCAAGUGCCAUUGUUUCAUCACAGCCACCUUCAGUUUCUCCAGCAGGUAGUCCUGUAGCUUCUAAAGAACAAAAACUGCUGAGUCAAAAUGACUUUCUUCAACAGCCGCUUCAGACUGCUGCUUCUCCCAUAAUGCUGCAUGGUUCAAAUACUUCCUUAGCAUCAGCUGAUCAGACUCUGUCUGGCUCUGAAACAGAAGAUCUAGUGAUGCCACAGACAACUCAGACAUCGGUACCCCUUUCUCAAGAGACUGAGAAAUAUACUUCACCUCAGCCACUGUAUCAGACAAAUUCACAUAUCUCUGAGCCACUGAUUCCCCAAAAAAUGGAAAUUACGCAGGCAACUAUUCCUCUGUCAAGUGAAUCGCAGUCACCAUUGCCUACUUCAAGCACCUCCAUGUCACCAGUACCACAGGGGCAAACCUUUCAGUCUCCUCCCACAAGCAGCAGUUCUGUUACAAUAACUGCAGCUCCAUUUCAAGCCAUGCAGACUGUAUUCAAAGUGAAUGCACCUCUGCCUCCACGUAAAGAGCAGGAAAUAAAAGAAGACUCUUCAUACACUGCAGGUUAUAACCAGAGUUUUUCUACAGCAAGUACACAAACUCCUCCUCAAUGCCAGUUACAGUCUACUCAUACUGCAGAGCAAAACUCAGUUUCACAAGAAUCUCUGCCAACAGUUAAUUAUCAGCCUGAUGGAGUUGUUCCUGUCAGCAAUGGUAGUCUUGCCUUUUACCCAGCACAGACUAAUGUUAUCCCCAGACCCGCUCAGCCUUAUCUCAACAGUCGUGGGUCUGUUAGAGGAUCUACCAGAGGUGGGAGAUCACUAGCCAAUUUGUACCGCUCCCCUGGUGGAUACAAAGGUUUUGAUGCUUACAGAGGAUCACCUUCCAUAGUUAAUGGUAACUAUGGCCAGCUGCAAUUCCCCAGUAGAGAUUAUUCUGGAAUACCAUAUUCUCAGAAGGAUAUCAAUUACCAGCAAUGCUAUAAAAGAGGAGGGAUAAUUAGUGGUCCUCGGGCAAACUCAAGAGCAGGAUGGAGUGAUUCUUCUCAGGUGAGCAGUCCAGAGCGAGACAAUGAAACCUUUAACAGUGGGGACUCUGGGCAGGGAGACUCCCGCAGCAUCACCCCUGUCGAUGUGCCAGUGACAAGCCAAGCUGCCACAAUACUACCAGUGCAUGUCUAUCCCCUCCCCCAGCAGAUGAGAGUUGCCUUUUCUGCAGCUAGAACAUCUAAUUUGGCCCCUGGAACUCUAGACCAGCCAAUUGCGUUUGACCUUCUGCUGAACAACCUUGGAGAAACAUUUGACAUUCAGCUUGGUAGGUUCAAUUGUCCAGUGAAUGGUACCUAUGUAUUCAUCUUCCACAUGCUGAAGUUGGCAGUGAAUGUUCCACUGUACGUGAACCUUAUGAAGAAUGAAGAGGUCCUAGUAUCAGCAUAUGCAAAUGAUGGGGCCCCAGACCAUGAAACAGCUAGUAACCAUGCAGUCCUACAGCUCUUCCAGGGGGAUCAGAUCUGGCUACGUCUGCAUCGGGGAGCCAUUUAUGGAAGCAGCUGGAAAUAUUCUACCUUCUCGGGAUACCUCCUUUAUCAGGACUAAAAUCCAGUGUUAUGUUUACAAAAAAAAAAAAAAAAAAAAAGCUGCUCGAAACACCUUGGUGAAUGGGAAGGGGGCGGGGGGUGGAAACUAGCUUUGCACUUAAUACUGACUUCAUAGAAGAUACAUGGUUCCAUUAUUGGGAAGUGGCGGUCUUACUUUGCAAGGUGAAAUCAUGGAGUUGGGUUACUGAAUCAGCACUAAUUUGGCACUUUAUCAAUUGUGAUGUAGCCUUGCUAGUAAAGCUGUGAAUGUAUAUUGUUUGCACUUACUUACCCUAAACUGUAUUAAUGUCCAGCUUACUACACUACUGAUAUGAUUGCCUCAAGUAUGGGCUAUUCACAAUGCCUUGUUGUGCCUCAAUAAAACAAGUUAAUAUGCAUUUUAGUAUUAAUCUUGAUAGUUGUCUUUAUUGAUUUAAAAAAUAUUCAAAACUUGGUCUACUAACUCAGUGUGAAGCAUACUGCAUGUAGUCUUACUUUGAAGGUGGUUGUCAGUCCAUCACUUUCCAAAACUCUGGGUGAAUUGUUUUAAGACCAUUGGGUCAUGUUUGUUUUCUAGUGAAGCAGUCUGUUCUCAAGAGUUAGUCCUGUUGUAUGCAAACCUUGCACUACAAUUCAUGUUAGUUUACAUCUUUUAACUAAGAAAUGCCUCCUGCCUCUAAAAAUAUGCAAAGCAUUGUUUUGUACAACUGUUGAUCUGCAUUAUUUAAUCGAAGUGUGUGCAUGACUGCCACUGACUGGACAGAAUAUCAAACUGAUUUUAAAAGCUGAAAACAAUUCAAAACUUCUGAAAUUCUAAACUAGUUGUUUAGCCUUUUUGUUCUUGCUGGCUUCCAAAAUAUCAUGCCAGUAUUUCCUCAAACAUAACUGAGCCUCUAAAUUUGGCCAGACAAUUGAAACAAGGUACUAUUAUCAUAUCAGUUAUUUAUCUAACUUUCAGACUGUGAAUGCCUGUGUCUGAAGGAACUGCAGCGUUGGGCACCAAAAGGCAAUAGAAUGUAGUGCUACAAAUGCAUUUUUGUAAAAUUACUUUCUGUAGUUCAGUGUUCUGUCAAUUCCUUCUUAAUGCAGAAUUCCAGCAAGAAUUGGUGAAGAUAGCUGUGGUAAUAACAGCAGCCUUAUCUAUACUUUUUUUUUUUUUUUUUGUGCCAAUAUACUUUGUUUGGGUCCUAGCUAAAAUGCAGCUUGAUGCAUAAUUCUCCAGACUAAUUGAUAACAAGAAAAAUGCAUCUAUUCCCUGCUUCUAUAUUACAUAAGCCAUAGUAGAAGUAAAACACAGAAUACAACAGAUCUUGGGUAAAGCUGCUGCUGCUGCUUCUGUUUCCCAGCUUGUUUAUAGCAGUCAUAUCAAACUACAUUGUUUUGAACCUUAAUUUUGUAGUAUCUGAAGUAGACUGUCAUCAAUUAAACUUAUGCCUUUCUGAAUGA